GGACCGCGGAUGGUACGUUCCGCACGUGAGCUGGGUGCUGGUCUGGCCGGCGACGCGCGUGCCCUGUGGCCAAACACUGCCCGGAGUGAGAGCAAACUACCAGCGCAGUGCGUGUGUGUGCGCGCGGGUGUGCGCGCGCGGGUGUGCGAGAGGGCGAGCGAGCGAGCGAGCACGGGGCGGAGGGGCGGCCAACUGCUUCACACUUUCAACACUGCGCCGAAGAGGGAGAGCGAGACAGCCUGGAGACACACACACAUCCCCCCAAGAUCUCCCUAGGCGAACGUCCCACAGAUUACAGGACAGAACCCUCCAAAUCGAAAAGGAGGAAACGGACAGCCAUUGAACAUGGACGAAGGAAUCCCUCAUUUGCAGGAGAGACAGUUACUGGAACAUAGGGAUUUUAUAGGACUGGAUUAUUCCGCUUUGUAUAUGUGUAAACCCAAAAGGAGCUUGAAGCGAGACGACACCAAGGAUACCUACAAAUUACCGCACAGAUUAAUAGAAAAAAAGAGAAGAGACCGAAUUAAUGAAUGCAUUGCUCAGCUGAAAGAUUUGCUGCCUGAACAUCUGAAAUUGACAACACUGGGGCAUUUGGAGAAAGCUGUAGUUUUGGAAUUAACUUUGAAGCACUUAAAAGCGUUAACAGCCUUAACAGAGCAGCAGCAUCAGAAGAUAAUUGCUUUACAGAAUGGGGAGCGCUCUCUGAAAUCGCCGGUCCAGGCCGACUUGGAUGCGUUCCACUCGGGGUUUCAAACCUGCGCCAAAGAAGUCUUGCAAUACCUCGCGCGCUUUGAGAGCUGGACGCCCAGGGAGCCGCGCUGCGCACACUGGGAAUCCGGAGAGCUCUCAGGAAGAUGCCUCGCAGCCCGCCAAGGACGCCCCCUGAGCCCCGCAGCCCUUCUUGAACAGGGGCAGGGGGCUCCUCAGGAGUCUCCAGGUUUCCAAGUUCAAAGGCCCCCUAAGGCGUGCCAGGGAGGAAGAGUAAGAGAUGCUCGACAGGCUUAGGACGAAAACAGGUGUUUUGUGUACGUUUGGAGUUCCUGUUUUGCCCGUUUCUCACCCUUUUUGCCACCCCACCCUCUACCCGCUCACACCCACCCCACCCCUCGCCCCCGCUGUCACAGAUCCUCUGUGAGAAGUACUGGUUAAGUGGUAUUACCCACCGUAAAUUUAGUCCACGCCCCCUCCCCUUCCCAGAUAUCAAGCCUGGUUCUGGGAGUCUGUUGGGUAGGAGAGCCAUGUGGAGCCAGGCAGAGUGCCUGGCACUAGGGUCCUUUGACUUCAGGGCGUGGAGCAGCAGGUGUGUCUCCCAGCUGCCUCUUUAGGAGGCACUCAGAUUAACUGAGGACCUCUGAGAGUUAAAUUUACGGGUCAGUAUUUUGUGUUUUCUGGCUUUUUUGAGAAGUACCUGCCUUUCAGAGAGGUGAGGAUGCCAGGUUGCCCUGUUGAGAGGUGUUUGGAGUGGUCUUGAUACCUUGCACUUGUUUGGAGAGACUGGGAGUUGGGCCCUGUUCAGGCACUAGUCCAGGUGGGAGCUGGGGGAGGGAGGUUGGAGUCCUUGGCGCCUUUGCUCGCACUUUAUUGACAAAUUGACCUCAAACCCCUUGUCCCCUUAAUUUCUCAAUUCAUGUGCAUAUAUAUGUCAUAGGUCAUAUAUUUGUGUUUCUGAUGCAUGCCCCUCCCCCCCCACGGGUUAUUUUACCCAAUCGUGGUCCCAAAUUUUUGUAGCGUUACUGUUCUUAUUUUUUAUUUCUUUAAAUUUUUCCAAGUGCACUGGGCUGGAAAAAGAGAAACCCAGACCGACUGAUUUGCCCUCAAAUUCCUAGAUGGCAGAAGUGGAGGAGAGGGCUAGUGGUCCCCUGUGUUCAGAAGUGCUGUGAAGAUGCAUAGGGGAGCCCUGUCAGGCCUGCCAUCUCAAGUCUGUAUGUAUUUUUCUGGAGACCAAACCAGAUGCCAGAUAAUCAGAAGGAAAGCUUGUUAAAAAAAAAAAAAAUAAGGCAUAAACCAAGACCUUGUCUAGAUAUUUUUAGUUUGUUGCCAAGGUAGCACUGAGAAAUCUCACUUGAAUGUUACGUAAGGGGUGAGACACAAGUCUGGAGUGAAGACAUUAUCUGGGUCUGUGAGUGUGUUCGGUCCGUUUGCUGCUGCUGCUGUUGCUACUGUUUGCCUCAAACGCUGUGUUUAAACAACGUUAAACUCUUAGCCUACCAAGGUGGCUGUAUGUACAUAGCUGUUAAUACACCCAAUUAAUGACGUCUGACAUGCUAUUUUUGUAGGGAGAAGAUAUGUACUAAUGGUAUUUUGAGUUAAAAUAUCUUUUUUUGGGGGGGGGGGACUUGGUGAGAGUGUUUGCACUUUGGUUACGAUGCUUAUAAUGCUUGGUGCAAGCUUUUGCUGUCUUAAAUUAUUAAACAAAUAAAUACGUCUGCAAGAAACCAGCCGGUUUAGACAAGUUUAGUAUGUAAAGAUAAGCUAGAAACUAUCUUUAUACUCUGGUAUUUUCAGCACUCCUUAAAUUCUAUUAUCUAAAUAUUGCCACACUAUUUUGUGAUUUAAAACUUCUUACCAAGGAAUAAAAACUUUAUAUAUGAUA